UUUUUUUAAACAAAAUUAGUCUCAUUGUCAACAUUAUUGAGUUUAAUGCUUUUUAUCCGUUCCUAUUUUCUUUGUGUCCGUCUUUGUUCCUACUUUUACAUCCUGGGAAAACCCCAUUGAUUUGUUGGCCCAUUACCAUCAAUGCGUCCUAAGGUUCUCUGAAUAUUCUCUUCAUGGGUUUUCGUUGAUUCAAAUGAUUGAAUCUCCAAGUGGUUUCUGGUGAUUGUGUUUCCAGGGUUUGGUUCGAAGAAUAUAUGCAGAAAGUGCUGGUGUUUGAUGUGUUGGAGGCUUUAUUUGAAUGGAUCUUGAAGGGAGAGCUCUGAAAAACGGCGAAUUAAGCAUGACAGAGAACGGAACCAACAAUGCAGGUGAAGUGGUUAUAGCGAUUUCAAGCUCAGAUAACCCUAAAACCAGUGCAGAAAUAAAACUGUCUCCUUCAAGAGACCCAGAAUCAGCUGCUUCUAAGCAAAGACUGUCAGACUCACCAGUCAAAGACUCAAGUAGUAGGCUUGUGAAAUCAGUGCCAGCUUCACCAGAGACUGCGAGGUUUGUUCCGAGUGCAAAUAAGCCUCCUAAAAUUGGCAACGAGACACUCGUUCGGAGGAGGACCCUCACAAGGUCAGUCUACUCAAAACCUAAGUCAAGAUUUGGAGAACAAUCAUCUAAUGCUGAUAUUGAUGUAUUUGAUGAGAAUAAUUUAGUUUCGCAAGACCAAAUUAGCUCGAAUUCCCCGUAUAGGACUUCACUUACUAGGGGGUCUCCUAAUAGUAAGGCAUCUAGUACCAGGACAAAUUCCAUAACCCCCAAAACUCCGUUGAUGCAAUCUCCUGGAGGACCUGGAGACGACGAGGACUAUGAAGAGAUCUUCAAGAAAGUUGAAUUGAGUAAAGAGAAGCGUAAGAGAUUGCUAAAGCCCAAAGUUGUGGUCGAACGGGUUGCAUUUUUGUGCAUUUUGGGGUGUUUGGUGGCUGGUUUGACAGUUGAUCAUUUGGAAAAAACUUUCAUUGGGGGGUUGGAGUUUUGGAAAUGGUGUCUGCUUGUGAUGGUGAUAUUCUGUGGCAUGUUAGUUACAAGGUGGUUUAUGCGUGCCGUUGUAUUUUUGAUUGAGAAGAACUUUUUGCUUAGGAAGAAGGUCCUAUAUUUUGUUCAUGGCUUGAAGAAGAGUGUUCAAGUUUUUAUAUGGUUAAGUUUUAUUCUUCUUACCUGGGUCUUACUGUUUAGUCAGGGAGUGGAUCUAUCUAAAACUGGACAAAAGAUUCUACAUUAUAUAACCUGGACUCUUGUUUCUAUCCUUAUUGGGGCAUUUCUGUGGAUGAUGAAGACUUUGUCACUGAAAAUCUUGGCGUCCAAUUUCCACGUCAACAGAUUCUUUGAUAGAAUUCAAGUUUCUGUGUUUCAUCAUUAUGUCCUGCAGACCCUUUCUGGGCGUCCCCUCAUUGAGGAGGGUGAGAGGGUGGGGAAAACACCGAGCACGGGUCAAUUGAGUUUCAGUGCUACUGCAAAGGGUAAAGGAUCAAAGGAGAAAAAGUUGAUUGAUAUGGGAAAAGUUCACAAGAUGAAGCAAGAAAAGGUUUCGGCAUGGACCAUGAAGGAAUUGGUAGAUGCAGUCACAAACUCUGGGCUUUCUACGAUCUCAAGUACAUUAGAAGAUAGUGCCAAUGAUGGAGAAGGUGAACAAACAGAUAAGGAGAUUACCAAUGAAAAUGAAGCAAUUGCUGCUGCCUUCAAAAUUUUUAGGAAUGUUGCCCAUCCUGGUAGCAAAUACAUUGAGGAGGAUGACCUCUUAAGGUUCAUGAUUAAAGAGGAGGUGGACCUUUUCUUCCCGUUGAUUGAAGGAUAUGAGACUGGACGCAUAUACCGGAAAGCUCUGAAGGAGUGGGUGAUAAAGGUUUUCAAUGGUCGGAAAGCUCUUGCUCAUGCCCUAAGUGACACCAAAACAGCUGUGAAGCAAUUAAACAAACUUGUGACUGGUAUCCUGAUUGUUGUGAGCUUUGUUGUGUGGCUUCUCUUGAUGGAAAUCGCGACAACAAAAGUACUUGUCCUUCUCUCUUCCCAGCUUGUAUUGGCUGCUUUUAUGUUUGGAAGUACCUGCAAGGCCAUAUUUGAAGCUAUCAUUUUUGUCUUUGUGAUGCAUCCAUUUGACGUGGGUGAUCGUUGUGUAGUUGAUGGUGUUCCGAUGUUGGUUGAAGAGAUGAACAUCUUAAGUACAGUUUUUAUGAAGCUUGAUAAUGAGAAGGUAUACUACCCCAACUCAGUUCUGGCUACAAAACCCAUCAGCAAUUAUUUCAGAAGUCCAGAUAUGGGUGAUACUGUGGAGUUCUCAAUUGAUUUUUCGACUCCAGUGGAGAAGAUUGGGUUGCUCAAAGAAAAGAUAAAGAAUUACUUGGAGAAAAACCCACAACACUGGCAUCCUAACCAUAAUGUCGUGGUUAAGGAAAUUGAGAAUGUAAAUAAGUUGAAGUUGGCUCUCUAUUGCAAUCACACCAUGAACUUCCAAGAGUUUCCAGAGAAGAACAGGCGGAGAUCGGAGCUGGUUCUCGGAAUAAAAAAGAUAUUUGAAGAACUGAAUAUCAAAUACUAUCUUCUGCCACAACAAGUUCAUCUCAGCCACAUCCCACCUCAGCAUCAACAACCAUGACCAUCAGAUGAUUAUUAUUGCUGAAUCCUCUCGGCCGAGUUACUUGCAGGAUUGAUUUGUGGUUCAGGUUUUGUGGCAUAACCUUUAAUCGAAAUCGUCCAGAUCUGUGAUAAUCUUAUCAAUGCCCAUCUGCUUAAGAGAAGUUGCUGAAGCUGUCUGUUUUUGACGUAGCGUGGACAAGGGACGGAUCAAUAACCGCUGAAAGCAAUAACGAUUAACGACUAUAUUGUCAUAGUAACCCUACAAGUAUCUGCAGUUGUUUAUUUUUUGUGUUGUAAUAUUAUAGUCAUCCUCUCAGAGGAGCUAGAUUUUAUGGUAUUAGUGGUGUUUGAAAUGAAUGUAUUUGAAGGGUUCCCCUGUUAAU